AUGGCAAUAUUAUUCAACAACGUAGGGAUGCUAUCUGUGGUCACCUCAAGACCAACUCCAGCAACUUGUUUUUUCUCCUUCAAUCGAGGGAAGCCAUCAUCACUAGUUGUAUCAAAAGCCUCCAUGAAAUCACCUGAUGAACCAAAUCCCAAUACUAUCCAACGACGUUCAGGGAAUUACAAACCUACUAUGUGGGAUUUUCAAUAUAUUCAGUCCGUUAACAAUCGUUACGCGGGAGAUAAGUAUAUGGAGCGGUUUGACAAACUGAAGAAGGAAAUGAAGAGGAAUUUGAUGAUGAUUAUUGAGGGAUCAAUACAAGAAUUAGAUGCUAAGUUGGAGUUGAUUGAUAAUUUAGAAAGACUUGGAGUGAGUUACCACUUCAAGGAUGAAAUUAUGCAAAUAUUGAGGAGCGUACAUGACCAAACUAGUACUAUAGCCACAGGAGAUUCAUUGCACUCUAUAGCCUUGAAGUUUAGGCUCUUGAGACAACAUCAUUUUCAUAUCUCACAAGAUAUAUUUGACAAUUUCAAGGAUGAGAAUGGAAAUCUGAAGCAGAGUAUUUGUAAAGACACGAAAGGUUUGUUAGAAUUAUAUGAAGCAUCGUUUCUCUCUACGGAAACUGAAACCACUUUGAAAUAUGCCACAAGAUUCACAAUGGCACAUCUGAAAAAUUAUGUUGACAAUUAUGGUGGAGAUCAAGAUAAUGAUAUACUAAUGAUGGAAUUAGUCCAACAUGCCUUGAAAAUUCCAAGACAUUGGAUGAUGCCAAGAUUAGAGACAGAGUGGUAUAUAAGCAUUUAUGAGAGAAUGCCAAAUGCUAAUCCUCUUUUGCUCGAGCUUGCUAAAUUGGAAUUCAACAUUGUUCAAGCAACAUACCAACAAGAUUUGAGAAUUCUAUCAACGUGGUGGAAGAGCACAUGCUUGGCUGAAAAGUUGUCAUUUUCAAGGGAUAGAUUGGUGGAAAGCUUUUUUUGGUCAGUGGGAUUAGUAUUUGAGCCUCAACACAGCUUGUGUCGAAGAAUGUUGACAAAAAACAUAGCUCUAAUAACAGUCAUAGAUGACAUUUACGAUGUCUAUGGCACUCUUGAUGAGUUGGAAAUCUUCACUCAUGCUGUUGAAAGAUGGGAUGUAAAAGCAAUGGAGCAACUUCCAGACUAUAUGAAAAUAUGUUACCUUUCACUCUUGAAUACUACCAAUGAAAUGGCCUAUCAUAUUCUCAAAGAGCAAGGGAUCAAUGUCCUGCCCUACCUCACAAAACAAUAUGCAGAUUUAUGCAAAGCUUACUUACAAGAAGCAAGAUGGUACCACAAUGGAUAUAAGCCAACGCUGCAAGAGUACAUGGAUAAUGCAUGGAUUUCAGUUGGAAUUCCUUUGGCUUUACUCCAUGCACUCAUCUUUGUCUCCAAUCCAAUUACCAUUGAGACAUUGGAAUACUUAAACAAAUAUCCAGACAUAAUUCGCCGAUGUGCAACAAUUAUUCGUUUAAUCGAUGAUUUGGGGACAUCAUCGUAUGAAUUAAAUAGGGGUGAUGUUCCAAAGUCGAUGCAAUGUUACAUGAAUGAGAAGAGUGCUUCCGAAGAAGAGGCAAGAAAACACAUCAAUUUAUUGAUAAAGGAGAUGUGGGAACUAAUGAACAAAGACCAAAUUAGAAAAGAAGUGCUAUUUUCUGAAGAAUUCAUUAGAAUUGUGUUAAAUUUUUCAAGAACAACACACUGCAUGUAUCAGCAUGGAGAUGGGCAUGGAAUUCAAAAUUCUCACAUUAAAAAUCAGAUUUCCAAAUUGCUCUUUGAGCCUCUCAUUGUGUAAUAAUUUCAUAGUGUAUUAACUAUUUAAUACCUAAA